AAGUAGCGUAGUGGCAUGGUGCCUGGUCCAGAGGGGCGCGGCCUGUGUCACUUUGCCACGACCUUGCCCACAGGACAUAACCCUCAACAUUUUCGUCCGCUGUUUCUCCGUUGCCGUGUGAAGGUUGGCGGGGACACGAGAAGAUUCCACCAAGCAGCCACCAAGAUGUCUAUCACCAAGGUUUUUGCCCGUACCAUUUUCGACUCCCGUGGUAACCCCACAGUGGAGGUUGACCUCUACACCCACAAGGGCCUGUUCCGCGCUGCUGUUCCCUCUGGUGCAUCCACAGGUGUCCAUGAGGCACUGGAGAUGCGUGAUGGAGACAAGUCAAAGUACCAUGGCAAGUCUGUCUUUAAGGCCGUCAACAACGUGAACACCAUCAUUGCUCCUGAAAUUAUUAAGAGUGGACUGAAGGUAACUCAGCAGAAGGACUGUGAUGAUUUCAUGUGCAAGUUGGACGGCACUGAAAACAAGAGCCGCCUUGGUGCCAAUGCCAUCUUGGGUGUCUCCCUGGCCAUUUGCAAGGCUGGUGCUGCUGAGCUUGGCAUUCCCCUCUACAGACACAUUGCUAACCUUGCCAACUACUCCGAUGUGAUCCUGCCUGUGCCAGCCUUCAAUGUCAUCAAUGGUGGCUCUCACGCUGGCAACAAGCUGGCCAUGCAGGAGUUCAUGAUCCUGCCCACUGGUGCCAACAGCUUCACUGAGGCCAUGCGCAUGGGCUCUGAGGUGUACCAUCACCUCAAGGCUGUGAUCAAGGGCCGCUUUGGUCUGGAUGCCACUGCUGUUGGUGAUGAGGGUGGCUUUGCUCCCAACAUCCUGAAUAACAAGGAUGCUCUCACCCUGAUUCAGGAAUCCAUUGAGAAGGCUGGCUACACUGGCAAGAUUGAGAUUGGCAUGGAUGUGGCUGCUUCAGAGUUCUACAAGGGCGAGAACAUUUACGACUUGGAUUUCAAGACUGCCAACAACGAUGGCUCUCAGAAGAUCACUGGGGACCAACUUAGAGACUUGUAUAUGGAAUUCUGCAAUGAGUUCCCCAUUGUUUCUAUUGAAGAUCCCUUCGACCAGGAUGACUGGGAGAACUGGACCAAGAUGACCUCUGGCACCAGCAUCCAGAUUGUUGGUGAUGACUUGACUGUGACCAACCCCAAGCGCAUUGCUACAGCUGUUGAAAAGAAGGCUUGCAACUGCCUCCUCCUGAAGGUCAACCAGAUUGGCAGUGUGACAGAGUCCAUUGAUGCUCACCUUCUGGCCAAGAAGAAUGGCUGGGGCACUAUGGUUUCCCAUAGGUCUGGUGAGACUGAGGACUGCUUCAUUGCUGAUCUUGUUGUUGGUCUGUGCACUGGCCAGAUUAAGACUGGUGCUCCUUGCCGCUCUGAGCGCUUGGCCAAGUACAACCAGAUCCUUCGCAUUGAGGAGGAGCUCGGAGCCAAUGCCAAGUUUGCCGGCAAGAAGUUCAGGCAACCCUGCUAAGUUGAAUCGUGAAAUUCCGAAUGCUGAAAGGCAGUUUGCAUGUUACUGCUUGAUGGAUACAAGCAAUAUGUCUCUGCAUUUUUAUUUUCAUGGAACGCCUCUUAUCUCCUGUGGGGGUUAUAGGUGUCUAGGUUGCAAAAACCUUGCAUCUGAAAAGUAAUAUUUUUUUUACUACAUUCAUUUUAAUUAAUGUUAUCAUUUAUUUUUUUCCUGCAAAGAGUGAAUAACUAUGGUCUUCUUAUUGAAAAUAUGCUCCCAAAAUUUUGCCAGCAGAAUAUAUAGAAAUAUUCCAUUUAAGAUGAAGCUUUAAGUUAGGGGUAUAUUUUGCUUUGGCUGAUACUAAAGCAUUGAUCCAACAAAAUUCUGUGUUUUUGUCUGUUAAAAAUAUAUUCGUCUCGACUAGUCAUGUCCUCCUCUCGUCCUAGGUCUUAGAGAUCUGAAUGUUGUAAUGUUCCCAAGUGAUAUCCAGCUGAAAGAAAUGUUCUGUAUGAUGGUUCAUUGUGUAUAUAAGGAACAUUAAAAACAAAAGCCCUA